GGAGAAAUAGGAGAUGAAAUUAUUCAUACACACACAUAGUAAAGAUAUGUUACAUUUAUAUACAGUAGGAGGGGCCUUUGCUUGCUAUAAAUUAAACCUUGUUCAUUUUUCCCUUGCUUGUAGUGUUUAUAUUUGUUCUUGUUUUUCCUUCCUCGUAUUCCUUACAUACCUUAAUAGGUCGACAUUCAUGGAAGCCUCACAUCCUCUUUCAAUUGAAAGCUUUUCGUACAGUUGGUUGGUGAACCUGAAACCAUCUGUAGAUUUAAGCCUAGAUAACUCCUUCAGAUCCUCACUGGACGCCUCCGAUGAAGCUUCUUUCAUCGAGAUGGACCCAACAAUGACAGCCUCCAAGAGAUUCUUCAGAAACUCUCAAGAUUUUAAGUUUGACUUCCCUAUUUCGCAGUCUCCUCUCGCUGUUGUUCAUGCAGAUGAGCUUUUCUCCGAUGGCUAUCUUAUGCCUCUUUUUAUGGACACCGGGAAGAUGGAGGCAUAUUAUGAGGCCUCAGAUCAUUCCACUUCUGCUCUGCCAUCGGCCUAUUCCCAUGCACCAAAACUCCUUGUUCCUGCAGCUGAAAAUAAUCCUUAUUGCUCUUCCCUUAGAAGGUCAUGUCGAAGAAUGUCAAAGCACAUCUUUCAAAAGUACUUGGAUUUUCUUAGGCCAUUGCUUCGAAGACUCGGAGGAAACAAAUCAAGAAGUUCUAAAGCUGAAGUUGUUGAUAAGAGACUUAAGAACUGGGCAUACUCGUCUAGAACAUCUCCUCGAAUUAGUGUAGCUUAUCCAUCGGAUCAUCGGCGCAGAUCUUGUGACUCUGAGAGCUCAAUUUACGAGGCAGUUCUCCAUUGCAAAAGAUCCAUAGGAAAAUGAAUGGUGGGUGGUGUCGUACAAAACAAAGAAAUGAAGACCACAAAAGGAAGGGAAGAGGAGGAAGUGGGAAGAAUUAAUUAUGGGAGCAAUUCAAGAUACACAUGGAAAGAGAAUGUUGGAGUGACCAGAAAAUCAUCGGCCACGUGUUCUUUUAUCAUUUUCCACCAUAUUUUUGGGAUGAUAAUGCAAUGGUUUUGUCCUCCAAGGGAGUAGAGAAGCUGUGUGAUGGUCGGCAAUGGAAAUUCUGGCCUUGAGGUAGAUCAGGAACUAGGCCGGGAGAUCUGGUGGUGGUGGGUAUGAUCAGGGAGUGAAGGUUGAAACAUUUUGUACGAAUUUGUAAUUAUGGGAUGUAGCUUAAUUACUUCUGCAAAGGCUCUGCCACCAUUAUUAUUCCUGAUUAGUUUUUACUUGACAUAAAAACUAAAGUUCAUCAAUGUUUUAUACAUUUGUGCAGCCUGGUGUAAUCGAUUUUAAUUGAGGCUAGACAUUUUGACA